AUGCUAGUGCACAGUGUAAGAUUUAUUAGAACUAUGGCAAAACGACAACUACUUCUGUUAUCUUCCUCCCGAGUGCACGGAUGUGAAUAUCUGGAAUUUGCCGAGAAUGAUAUAUGUGAAUUGUUACAAAAGAGCAAGGUAUCGAAGAUUUUGUUUAUUCCGUACGCUCUGAAGGACAUGGACGAUUAUUUGCGUACUGUCGAGAAGCCGUUUAGAAAAUGGGGUUAUAAAGUGGAGAGUAUCCACAAUAGCAAUCCGCUGGAAGCUGUUAAUUCAGCCGAGGCCAUUUUCGUGGGAGGAGGGAACACUUUUCGCCUGUUAAAAACCUUAUACGAUCUAAAUCUAAUCGACCCCAUCAAGAAGCGGAUCGAAGCCGGAAUUCCUUACAUCGGAUCGAGCGCUGGAACCAAUGUAGCUACAAUCGGUAUCAACACAACAAACGACAUGCCUAUUGUUUACCCGCCUUCGUUUAAAGCUCUAAAUUUAGUACCGUUUAAUAUAAAUCCUCAUUAUAUUGAUGCAUUCCCCGAUUCUACGCAUAUGGGGGAAACUAGAGAGCAAAGAAUCGAGCAGUAUUUCGAAGAAGAAGAAUGUUACCCGGUUUUGGGUUUGAGGGAAGGGUCUAUGUUGUACGUACAAGGGAAUACGGCUGUUUUAAAAGGAAUUAGUGGUGCCAAAUUAUUUAAAAAGAAUUGCGAACCCGAAGAAUUCAAAGUUGAUAGUGAUUUAAGUUGUUUACUAAAGUAG